AUGACCAAGCCUAUUCUGGUACGGCAUGAGGAGCCUCUUGCAGGAGGUAUCCACCGCAUAGUACUAGACCGACCCGAAGCUCGCAAUGCCAUUUCGCGCGAGGUUCUGGCACAAUUAGAUGAUCGUUUGGAUGAAAUCUUGGCGCUGGCGAGCGUCAUGCCUUCAGGUUGGGCCACACCUCCUCGCAGAGCUUCCUUGACCCCUUCCGAAGCUCACCAGGAUGCCAACGGGUCCAGCAAAGUUUCCCCACCGACAUCGUCAAGCGCUUCUCGCUCCACGUCCCCUUCCUCGCACCACACCUCCAUCGGCUCUUUGAAGGACCCUGCAUCCACGAUCCGAUCAUCGCAGGCCAAAGAACCGCUCAGAUGCGUCAUCAUCGAGAGCAGCAGCACCAAUGCUUUCUGCGCAGGAGCAGAUCUGAUCGAGAGGAAAUCCAUGUCUGAACAAGAAGUGGUGGGCUUCUUGUCCGACUUGAGAAGAAUCUUCGACAAGUUGGCCGCUUUUCCCGUACCGACAAUCGCUGCCAUCGACGGACCUGCUCUCGGAGGAGGUUUGGAGCUCAGCUUGGCUUGCGAUUUCAGAAUCGCUAGUCCUAGCGUCGACAAGCUUGGGUUUCCAGAGGUUCAGCUAGGCAUCAUUCCAGGCGCUGGAGGGACGCAAAGAGCACCUCGUCUGAUCGGUCUUGCGCGCGCAAAAGAGCUCAUCUACACCGGAAGGUUGAUCGAUGCCGAGACGGCCAAAUCAUGGGGUUUGAUCGACUACCUAGCAGACGAGGGUCAAACCGCAGCACAGCGAGCACUCGCACUAGCCCAGCGUAUGGCCAAGAGUGCCCCUUUGGCCCUCGCUUCUGCAAAAAUGGCGAUCUCGCACGGACUCGACUUCGAGUUGGAAGAUGCGCUCCAGUGGGAACGCAUGUGCUACGAGAAACUCUUGCCCACUCAGGAUCGCCGAGAAGCUCUGCUCGCUUUUGCCGCAAAACGCAAGCCCAACUUUGUGGGCAAGUAA